CUCUCAGUACCCGCCUCCGGGCCGUAAGAACCAGCUGAUUGGUCAGUCUGGUCCGGAUUUGGGGCGGAGGUUGGGUGAUUGGCAGUAACUCCCCGGGAGAGCCAAGCUGGAAGCCGGAGAAGCUCACGAAGGCACCUGGCUGCCGCGCGGCGGAGAAGAGGGAAAGACUCUUACCUCUAACAGACUCGUGGGAGUCCAAAGCAAGUCUCCUUGGAGGGUAUUUCUAAGUGUGCUUAUUGGACCAUGUGCUGCUAUGUAUGUCUGAAGUACUUGAAAUGCAAAUUUGGAGACACUUUGCCAUCUAAAUGCUUGGCUGGAUUAAGCGCCUAAUUAGGAUGGUUUUUCAACAGGUUGGAGGAAGCAUGCAAUCGGCUUUCAAGUGUAGCACUCAAAACAGAUGGAUAGUUUUUCUCUUUAAGGAAAAAUCAUGUACUUGGGGAGAAGUUUCAAGGUACUUUGGUCUGGGAAGCCAUAUGGUUCAUCUCGAAGUAUCGUAAGGAAAAUUGGUACUAACUUAUCUCUGAUCCAGUGCCCAAGAGUUCAGUUUCAGCUUACCAGCCCUACAACAGAAUGGAGCCCAAACCAUCUAGGAGAAGAUGCAGUGGUGUCUUUUGCUGAUGUUGGAUGGGUAGCCAAAGAAGAAGGAGAAUGUUCAACAAGACAAAGGACAGAGGUCAGAUCCAGGCAACCUCUCCAGGAUGACCUUCCCUUCUUUGAGAAGCCGCCAAGCAGGCAGUUUUCCUUACCAAACCUGUCUCCAGAAGAUCCUCAACAGAAGACAGCACUAGCGAAUGAGGAAGCAUUGCAGAAGAUCUGUGCCCUUGAAAAUGAACUUGCUGCUCUCAGAGCUCAGAUUGCCAAAAUUGUGACCCUGCAAGAACAGCAAAAUCUCAUUACAGGUGACUUAGAGCCUGCCACAUCUGUUACUACACCACCAUCCUCUAUUCCACCACCACCGCCGCCGCCCCCACCUCCCCCACCCCUUCCCCCAUCAGGACUCCACCAAAGUGCAUCAUCGGCUAUUGACCUGAUAAAAGAGCGAAGGGAGAAAAAAGCCUGUGCUGGGAAGACUUUGGUUAAGAGCAGUCCAAAGAAACCUGAUAUGCCAAAUAUGCUAGAGAUCCUUAAAGAUAUGAAUAGUGUAAAACUUCGGUCAGUAAAAAGGUCAGAACAGGAUAUAAAGCCCAAAACGGUGGAUGCUACUGACCCAGCUGCCCUCAUCGCAGAGGCUCUGAAAAAGAAAUUUGCUUAUCGAUAUCGAAGCGAUAGUCAAGGUGAAAUUGAUAAAGGAAUUCCCAAACCUGCAUCAGACGCCACCUCAGAAACAGUGUUGUUUGGGCCACACAUGUUGAAGUCUACAGGAAAAAUGAAGGCUUUAAUUGAAAAUGUUUCAACUUCCUAAUAGACAGUGAGCAGAGAAAAACUACCCUUGUUCCAGCUGUUGGUUUGUUAGGGCUGUUUGACAAGUAGAAAUCAACACUAUUUAGUAAAUACCUGAAUUUAUUAUUCAGUGACAUCCUUUAAGUCUAAUUAGAUUCAGCAAUAACAAAAGCACUCUUAAGUUUGUGGGGGGUUUUUUGUUUUUUUGGGGGGGUAAGAUUAGUUCUGAAGUUUUCCAUAACAUGUAUUCAGACAUGUGUUUUUAAUGUAUAGUUGGGAUGUUCAGGUUUCUACUCUUGAGAACAAUUACAUAGAUUUCAGAAGAAAGGACAUUUGUAGAUGUUGAGUUUUUAAUUUUUAACACUAAUUUAUAUGUGCAGAUAUUUUAUAUGCAUAUAUUUGGAUAUAAAAUAGUAUGUAGAUUUUAAUAAUGAUGUCAGUGAAGGUACUGUUACCAUCAUUAGUUGUCACUGAUCAUUUACUACUCAAUGAUGGAACACAGGUUGUUGGAGUGAAAUAUUUAGGAUUGGAACCUUUUUGCCUUGAACGGGACUUUUUACCUUAGAAUCUCUCAUUUCCUUGGAGAUGGGGUUCAAAGUAGGAACCAGAUAAUGUUCACUGCUGAAAAUUCCAUAAUGCUUUCAUUUAAAGGGAAGUCAGGGACUAUGAAAGCUGCUUUCACUUUAGUGCUUUCCAGCACUGAGAAAGAAAAUGUAGUUUUCAUAUAGUGAGAAAUCAGAUUAUUGAAUUAAAUCUGUAACAGAUGAAAACCACAAUGUACCAUCUUUUUUUUUUUUUUUUCCAGUUGAAUAAAUGGCAUCAUAAAGAUAACUUGUUGCUGAGGUAAUACAUAAUGGAAAUGGCAAUAUAAUGGAGUUUUAAGAUUUUUAAUAUUGGUCAAAUACCGUAGCUUUAUAAUGAAACCUUGAAUAGGCGAAAUAAUUUCAUAUAAGUUUAUCAUUGGUCAGAGUGCUGUUCUGUUGAAUUACAUUAUGCAGCAAACCUUAGGUGCUAUUAGAAAGUGGAGAACAGCCUUUCUCAUUGAGGGCUUCUGAGGAAUUGCUAUACCUGAUCAUUUGUGAAUGCUUGAUAAUCUUUAUGGUUUUCUGUAUUUCUGUUAAACUCAUAGUUAAUGCCAGAAUCUCUUACCACGAGUAAAUAUUUGGAUUUACUUAAAUCUAGUAAAAAGAAGUGAAGAUAGGAAGAGGAGAAUUUACUUUUAAGUUAUUGAAAAUAUGUGCAGUGUUCUCAAUAUUAGCAAAUGUUACUCAGCUUAAAUUUGAACUGUGACUUAUUUUACAUAUGUUGUUGAUUACAUUGUUUGAUUUAUAAAUUCUGCCUUUAAAAAAAUUCAGAAAAUUUGCCUGAAUUUCAUAUUUUGACCUCCUAAGAAUUUGUAUCAGUAUUGAAUUUUGGCCACUUCUCCAAUUGAAGAAGUUACUGUUUUAAAAUAAAGCAAACUUAUGUUUUCCUUGGA